AGAAUUACGGCUUGGCGGCCAGCCGCCUCAGUGUCUGAGCAACAGCCACGAAAAGCGGACGGUACGAAAAAUUCGGUUAGCUUUCGGUUUUGUAUCUUUUGGAUGCGUGCCCGAACGACGCGUUUUUUCGGUUUAUUUCCAGUUCGGUGGGCAAUUAACUCUGUCUUCAGUGCGUCGUUUUAUGCAAAUGAUUGAUAUCGAAUCAAUGUAAAUAACAAACAUGAAUGUCUAAUCGAAACCCGAAACGUUCCAUCAAACCUUGGACUGCACUGAAUUGGGCAGGAACCGCAACCCCAGACGGAUGGCACUUUUCCCAAACCGAAACCCACACCGUUGCAAGGGCUUUAAGCCGCGGGUUAAUUAGAAUAGAUAUUCGAGAACGAGUACAAAAAGGUGUUAAUUCGGCUUGGUUACGUAUACGUAAUGUGGCAUGAAAAUAGAAAUGGAAAUGGAAAUUGAAAACCCCAAACAACAGUUUCGUGUGCCAAAUGUUUGACCACCAUAAAUAUUCACUGUUUCCCCAUAAAAAUCGCAUAAACUAAACAAACGUGGAAUAAAACCUAUUUGAAGUCGUUCCAUGGACAAAAAGGCGUAUGAAAUUGUUUAGAAAAUAUGCGAAAAAUGUGAUAAAUUUUCUAUAAAUAUAAAAUAUAACGGAACUCGUUUGAUAAAUACAACAUUCGCGGAAAAAAACAAUGUAAAAAUGGAGCUGAUAAAAAAAUACAAACAGGGAAAGCUAACCACCAGUGACUUACGCACCAUAAACCAUAUUGUAAUAUGUCUAAUGGUGUUUAAUGCCGUAAUCUCCCUACUAUGGUGUGUUUCUUUGCAAAUGCUGUCGGGGGAUCUGCGCGAGGGAAUCGUCAGUGCCAAACUCAUCUUCCGAGAGCGAAACUUUGACCUAAUGAAUGAGCAUAGUAAGGACAUCCUGCAUAAGGAUUUCUUAAAAGCCACCCAAAGUGCAUAUGGUCAAAAGUAUUCUGUGCAGGAAGUUACACCCGGAUCGCCUGAGAGCGAAAGCCAAAAUGCUAGGCCAAGCUUUAAAAUAUCGCAUAUCUACGAGUCGCUGGAAAACAAACCCAAAUUGGAAAGAUUGAUCGCAGACCAGAAGGUUGAACAAAUCCAGACCACCACAACGGCUCCAACUCCAAAGAUUGUGUUCAAUGCCGAGGCAGAUCGUCAAUUUCUGAGAACCAUGUCCCUCGACACCUAUGCCUCUUAUUGGAAACGUGGCAUUGGUGCUCAGUUUGUCAAUACAUUUCCCGUCAUAUCGGUGGUCGUGGCUAUAAUCUGGACAGCCAUGUGUCUGAUUUUUCAGACUGGUAGAAAAAAGAACUCAGUCCUGCCUAAGCCGUGGCGCAUCGUGGUGCCAUCGAUAGUUAUCUUUUCGGUGAUGAGCCUUGGUAGUAUUCUGUAUACGAUUCUAACCAAUGGACAUUUGAAGCGCUUGUGUGGCCAAUUGAGAGGGCAUCUCACCAAUCCCACUGCCAUCAGCUGUGGGGAUGCCAUAGCUCUAUUGCGUCCCAUCAUCCACGAUCAUAAUGUUUCACACGAUGCCUACCUGGACCUGUUCCGUUCCAGCUAUGUGAUUGUAAUGGUUCUAUGGAUUGUGGCCCUAUUUAUUAUGGUACUGCGCUUCGUCUUUGCCGUGGACUUUCAACUGGUGGACAUCGAUGAAAUGUUCGACCAGGGAAGGAAUGGAUCGAUUUUCAUCCAACCGGCUUACACGGAGGUCCUGCAAAAGAGCAGUCCGCAGCAUCAGAAGCCGGCGAGACCCAAGUCGGAGGAUGACUACCAGAGUGCCAGAUCGCAUAUCAGUGAUCUGGCAGUGCCACUCCUGGAGGUACAGAGUCAGUCCCAGAUUCCGCCUCCAAGUUUGGCAUAAGAACCCAGUUCGGGCAACAGUUUCGCAAUCUCAGGUUUAUUUUUAUACGAUUUGUUUAGGAUUAGGGAUAGUUUAAGGAUACUUUAUCUAAACUAACCGAAGGAUAAGUUUAAGCGUGCUUCACACUGGAAGCUUUUAAAUAAUCAAUAUUUAAAUGUAAUUUUUUAUGUAAUCAUAGUGAACUCGUGCCUCGAAAUCAAAGUUAACUGAACUAAAGUUAUUAAAAUACUACUAAAAUAAGUUCUUAAGUGGUCUUUUAAAAAAGUGAAGCAUUCUUUUAGGCUUCAUGAGAAAAAUUAUUCACACGUUUUAAAUUUUAACACUACUUAGGGUUA